AUGGCUGGCUCGGCUCUCGCUCGUUCUCCCUCCCGCUGGCAAGUCCGGCUCACACCCUGCCUCUCCCGCUCACUCACAGCCCCCUUGACUCUCCCUCCUCCUCCUCCUUCCCCUGCGGGAUCCGCUCGCUGCCGCCGCCGCCGCCGCCGCAGACGGCAAGUCGUGGCAGCCAGACGUCGGCGCGUAACCCGGCGCUCUGUGCGUGACUCCGGGCGACGUCAGCGCGCGCUCCCCGCUACCCACCAUCUCCCCCCCCCCUCCUCCCGUGGCUCGCGCCCUCCGCCCUCGCGUCCCUCCGUUUCAGUUGCCGCGGCGGCGGCCGCCGAGCGCGUUCCCUCCGCCCUCCCUCUCGCGCGUGCGCGCGCCCUCCCAGCCGUUGGCGCGUCAACAGCCCACGGCCCAGGCCUUAAGGCGCGUCUGAGGAGGGGGCUCCCUGCGGCCUUUUUGCCCGCCCUUCUUCCAGCCACCGUCUGUAGCGCCCCCGGGAGGACUUCUCGGUUGUUGGGCUCUGAGGGCGGAAGCCAGGCUCAGGCGGGGACAGAACCCUGUAGGGCCUGCGUCAGCUCCCAACUUAGGGCCCUUAGCGUCGUAGUCAGUGUUGCUACCACCCUGUCACCCGCGCCCCCCCCCCCCCCCAACUCUCCACCGUUCCGCUUGCAUCUCUUAGGAGGCGACAGGCCUUUCAUCUCCCGGGAGGGUCUCACCUUGGCCUUCAGACGCCAGCCGAGAGGGGCUGGAAGGGCAGGAUUAGCAGAAAGAAGAAAGGGGCUAGACCAGGUUCAGGCUCUAGCCCCAGGAAUCUUUGACAGGAAGCGUGGGGUUGCUGCCCAGCCUCCCACGCAGUGUAGGUGA